GGUCCCCCCGCCCCUCACCCAGAGGGAUGGUAGAAGCGCAGCGUCUGCACUUUGCACCGGGGAUCUGACCGCGGAGUGCACCGGGACCGGGGGGGGGAACAUGCACCCGGGAGCCUGACUGCACUGCAAAGUGGGGGCGUGCAACCGCGCACCUGACUGCACCGGUCAGCGGGGAGUGCAACCGGGCACCUGACUGCACCGUGCACCGGAUAGCGGGGAGUGCAACCGUGCACCUGACUGCACCGUGCACCGGAUAGCGGGGAGUGCAACCGUGCACCUGACUGCACCGGACAGCGGGGCGCGCAACCAGGGGCCUGACUGCGCCAGCCCAACGUGCCCUAGGACUGGGGAGCCCGCCACCGGAACCAGCACUGGGCCCUUCGAGUCACCUGGGGACGGCCCCGCGCAGCAGGCGGCAGCAGUUGCCUGGCCCCGGGGUAGGAGCGCAGGCUGGAGGCGGAGCCGGGCGCUGGAGCGCAUGGAGCCCGGGGCGCCGCUCGCUCCAUGUGGCUGUUCCUGCCGCUACUGCUGUGCUGGGGCAGCGCUGGCGGCGGCCCGGGGGAGCCCUGCUGGGAAGCGCUGCUCCGCUGCCAGGACGAGCCGGACUGCGGCUCCGCCUACAGCCAGUCGCAGGCGGCCUGCGAGCCGGUGCUGAGCGGGGCCGGGGCCGGAGGCGGGGAGCCCCCCGGCGGCUGCCCCAGCCACUGCAUCGGGGCGCUGGGGCGGCUGAACCGCAGCCGGAGCGGCCCGGCCCUGGAGCGCUGCGAGUGCGGGCAGGACGCGCGCUGCCGCCGGCUGAAGGCGGCCAUCGAGCCCUGCCUGCCCCGGCCCUCGCGCAGCGGCCUGGGCUGCACGGCCGCCCGCUUCCGCUGCCAGCAGGAGCCCGCCUGCCGGGAGCCGCUGGACGCCUACUUGGCCCGCUGCGGGCAGCUCUUCAACGGGCGGCGCUGCUCGGCCGCCUGCCGGGCCGCCAUGGGGCAGCUGCUGGCCGCGCCGGGGGGCCCCGCGCUGGAGCGCUGCGUCUGCGACGGGCCCGAGCGCCCCUUCUGCCAGGUGCUCAAGGCCAACAUGGGCCGCCUGUGCUCCGCGCCGCCCGCCGAGCCGGGCCCGGACGAGGACUACCGGGACGAGGAGCGGCUCCUGCGGGAAGAGGACGAGGGGCCGGGCGCGGGCGGCGCCUGGGGGCGCUCGGGGGGCCGCUCCCGAGACGCGCCGGCCUGGCGCGCCCUGACACUGGGGGCCCUGCCGCUGGGGCUCCGGCUCCUCUCCUGGCCCUAGGCCGGGCCGCUCGGAGCCUGGCCUGGGGAUCGGAGCGGAGGGGCCCCCUAGCGUCGGAGGUGGCUGCCGUGAGCUGGAGCAGGGGUCCCGGCUGACACUCAGGGUCGCCAGCCACGCGGAGGGCCCCGUUCAGAGGCGCCUUUCCCGGCGCUGGGACUCCGGCUGCUUGUCCAGCGUUUCUCCACGGGCUGAGGUUCCCAUAGGGGUUGGAGGGGCCGAGAUGCGACCUUUUCCUUGGACCCCGACAUCAUUUGCUCUUUCACCGGAGGAGAGAUGCGGCAGGUGACUAGUACCAGGGGAGCCCAGCCAGGGACUGGUCUGUUCUCUGUACUGAUCACCUAAAUUCUCAGCUCCAGGGGCGGAGCUAGUGUGAGGGGCACUAAAGGGAUCAGAAAAUGCUGUAAUCCCCAUUUUUGCUCUUGUGUGUGGUUCAUACCUGUGGACACAGGUAUUCACCCAGAGGGGGGCUCUUCAUUCCAAACACUAGGGCUAACAGAAGCCAGGAAAUCUUCAAACAUCUGGUUACAAAGCACUGAAUUGAGGAUGGCCCCACACUGCCCCAGCUGUUCAGGGCUCAUGAGUCAGGCUCCAAGAAAUUGAGACUGGCUAGAAAAAAUUGUGAGAUUUAAAAAAUGAGAAGUUAUUUUUCUUUGCCUUUGGGUUUUAAGCCUUUCAAGGGUCGUAUUUUUACACCCAGCCACAAGGGCUAGACAUUUCCUUCAUUAAAGAAAUGAAAGUUUAGAGUCUUAUGUGAUGACAGUUUUAAGUACAGCGCAAGACUUGCAAUAGUUUUGCAAUGAGUUGGCAAUACUGUGUUGAGAAGAGAGCAUCUUGUCUAAUGUUUAGAGCAGAAGAUAAGGAAUCUGGAUGCUUGGAUUCUAUUUCUAGCAUUUCACUGGGUGAAUUUAAGCAAAAUUACAUAAAUCGCACACCAAGAUUGAGAGUGGCUUUCAAAGCACAUGGCAGCAAAACAGAGUUAGCAGAGGCACAUUUUCCAGACACAGGUUAGCAGUGUCCAUAAGGCUUGGCCCUCUCUCUGCCUUAGUUUACCCCAUCUGUGAAAUGGGUUUAAUAAUAAUAAUUCCUAUCUCACAGAGGUAUUGGCAGAAUGAACCAAAAUAAUUGACAAAGCCCUUGCUGGGAUGAUUUAGUUGGGAUUGGUCCUGCUUUGAGCAGGAAGUUGGACUAGAUGACCUCCUGAGGUCUCUUCCAACUCUGAUGUUCUAUGAUUCUAAUUACCUGGUUGAUCCCCACUAGCAGCCUAUGGCAAAUCUGCUCUUGCAGCCUCCUAGUUGCUGGGACCCACAGGGCAGGGCAGGGCAUGAAGGGAGCUGAUGGUGAGCAGCCCCUGACCCCUGAUGCGCCAUCACAGACCUAGGGAAAUAGGGGAAAGAGGAAUCCAAUAGCCCAGGGUGAAUGUGAGCAUCGUUUUGCCAUCCAAGCUGAGCACUUCACUUCUUAUUUCCUCCUGCUCCCCUGAGUCCAUAGCCUGGAAACUUAUUGGUAUAAAUUAAUUUUAGCAGAAUUUUUAUAACCCUGACAAUAACUGUACAGUGAUCAUGCCAAGGCCUGCAGGUCUACAUAGUAAACCUAGUCUCUGGUACUGUACACCCCCGCGCACGCCCAAUGGGAUUCUACUGCAAAGAGCUGUUUCUCUGUAGCAUGCUUCUUCCUUGUAGGCCUGAGCUUUCCAAUGACUUCAGAUUGGACCCUGGGUGUACAAGCGAUACUCUCCUGUGGCUCUCAUCCUGAUGUGCCAGAACAGGGACAUCCAGCCAUGCGGACCACUCCCCCAAGUGUGCUGGGAAGUCUUAGGGUUACACCUAACAUCUAUAGAAGCUCACAAUUUGUUUUAACUAAAAACCGAAUGCACUGAGUCUCAGAGCCUGGGUCAGUUUACUGAGGCUCACAGGGCUCGGCUGUGGGGCUAAAAAUAGCAAUGUAGACCUUUGGGCUUGGGGUGGAGCCCAUGCUCUGAGACCUACCUGCACUCACAGGCUUUUAGAACCCAAAUGUCUACACUGCAAUCUUCAGUUCCACCGCCCAAGCCCUGGGAGCCAAAGUUAGCUGACCCAGGCCAGCCCCAGCCAUCUGAUGGGUCUUUUAUUGCAGUGUAGACAUAUCCAUAGAUUCUAGAGCAGGCCAUAGGCUUGAGCUGGUCCAAGGGUCACUCUCUGGUUACUCAUGUUUUGGAGCUACUUAAAAAAACCAUCUGCCCUCUCUUCUUGGUGCUCCAUCACUUUUAAUGCAUGCAAAGCCACAGAUCCUCAACUGCAACCAGACUUCGGCUAACCAUUGUGAAUAUGUAUAUUGCUUGGAACGUCUUUUCCUGCACACAUAUUUUGUACAGAAAGUAGGGGGCCAACCUGAGGUUAUUUAAGUUGUAAAAUAAGCAUAACCCUGUCACUGUAAAAUCUUUACUUUUUUCUAAUUCAACCUUAGAACAUGUAUUUUUGGUACCAUUUUGAUAAAAGUUUUUGACAAAGUUACAAUAUUGGUUUGGGUAUCUUGAAUCUCCUUAGAAUUCUUGUGGAGUUGUGGGGAGUGGACGUAGAAUAAUUGCCGGUGCCCAAGCCUGGCUUUUUUGUAAGGGGUUCCCCCAGCAAAGUUAUUCUUGGGGGCUGACAGCAAAUGUGGGCUGAUGGGUUCACUGUUCCCUCCCCAGCUCACAGAGCAGGGGCUGGGUCAGUACUGGGAACAGGGGCUGCAAGGUUCAUCAUCAGACCCUGCGUGAACAGAGAUGUUUGUCACCUACAAACUGUAAUAUCUGGUCUGUGUCCAGCUGAAUAAAUGAUGGUUCU